UUAGAAGCACUUUAAAAAUGUCAGGGAAAUAUGAAUGGAUGUGAAAAAAUCAAGUAUAUAAAUAGUAGAUCUAGUCAACAGGAAUAAGUUGAAUUGUUAGAGAAGGAUUCUGAAUUUGUAAUCUGAAACCAUGACAUCCAUGAGCUCUUUGAAGAGUAAGCUACACAGGCUGAAGAAAGAGGAUACCAGUGAGGUGACAGAUUAUAAAACAUGGAUGAAAAAGAUAACAGACUGUGGGAACCGUGCAGAAGAUUGGUUAGAAUAUACAACUUACAUGAGACACAAUCUUAACUUUAAUGAUAGAUUCCAGGCUCACAACUUUCUCUCUGAUCUGUAUGAGAAAGCUUUUAGGGCGAUUGAUGGAAAAGAAAACAAGGACAAUGAAGCUUUUGCUCAUCUAUUUAUAGACUUUGCUGAGGUCAAAAGUGAACAGUUACUAUCUGAAGAUGCCAUUCAACUGUUAACAGAAGCAAGGAACAUAGUAAAGAAAUACUCAAUAGUUCAUAUUGCUUCAGCAGAGCUGGAGAUCAAAGAAGGAAAUAUUAGUAAAGCCAGAAAUAUUCUGAACAAAGCCAGACUAUUUAAAUUUGAACCUACGGAUUUAUUGGUGGAAGCUUUAAGGAAACUUGAUGCUGGAGAAACGGUUUUACUUUCACCAAGGCAUAGAAGAUACAGUUCUGGCCACAGUAAAGUAAACCUGUCUGAUGAUAGUCAAAGCAUCUUUCAUGGUGUUCCUGAAGGGAAUUUACAAGAACAUAUUGGACCAGAUGAAAUGGAGACUGCACCAGUUAUGAUGGAAUCUCAUAAGGAGAAAUAUGUAACAGUCCGUGCCAACUCCUGUAGACCUGCCAUGAGGAGCUACAGCAGUACACCAGAAAUGAGGAGUUUGUCUAAUUUUCAGUGGAAAAGGACAGACAUAGGUGUACCACAGAGAGUAAGGAAGCUUAAUUUACCUUUCACAGCGACAGCCGAGGAGGAGGAAGAAGAGGGUGUGGAAGAUAUGGAUACUAUGUCUGGUUUUACACCACUGGAACCUCAGGCUAGUUCAACCUUUGUAUCUAUGACCACUGCACAAAGUAGUGGUUACCAGUCUAUGAUGGAGACAACCAUUCCACUGGAAACUGGCAACCAGUUUGAAAAUCACCUUUCAGGAUUUCAUUCUGGAAAACCAGCAUUUGACUUGUCAGGAAUUCAUCCUCAAAAACAGACUUUUGACUUGACAGGAAUUCAUCCCCAACAGCAGACAUGUGACUUGUCGGGAAUUCUUUCUCAACGGCAGACAUGUGACUUGUCAGGAACUCAAUCCAAGAAACAUACAAAUAAUCCGUUAGGAAAACAAAAAGACACACCAUCAUGUGAAAUAUCUGGAAUUGAGUCAAUGAAAGAAACAGAUAGACAAACUUGUGACUUGUCAGAUAUAAAUCAAAAGUCUAAUGGUAUUGGUAUUCAGCCAGUCAAACAAAACGACAGACUCACCUGUAAUCUUUACAGCAUUCAGUCAGAUAUGGUUAUGAAAGAAUCAGUAAAAGAUAUAUCCAGCUUUCAGUCUGACAAAUCCAUGAAGGAACCCAUGAAGUUAGACAAUGUUUCAUUACUACAACCUAAUGGACGACCACAGAUUAUGAAAAGUCAAGUGUUACCUAACCCUAAACCAAACAGUGGUGCCCCUAAAGUGGUUACACCUAACCAAGUUUCAGGCAAUCCUACACCAAGCAGAGGUGCUCCUAGAGUGCUUACACCAAACCAAGUUUCAGGCAAUCCUACACCUAGCAGAGGUGCUCCUAGAAUGGUAACACCAAACCAAAUGUCAGCCUUUCCUACACAUAGCAAAGGUGCUCCUAGAGUGCUUACACCAAACCAAGUGUCAGCCAAUCCUACACCUAGCAGAGGUGCUCCUAGAACGGUUACACUCAACCAAGUGUCAGCCAACCUCAUUCCUAACAGAAAAGUUCCUGAAAUACCUACACCUAAUAGAACAGUACCUAUUGAGCCUACACCUAGUAAACAUGUAAUGUCUGAUAGGCUGUCCAACGUACCAAUUUGUGCCACUCCAAGUGCUGUACAGCAAACGUCAAUACCCUGUACACCAAGUGUUAUGCAGGAUGUAGAAACUAUCACAGUGAACAAUGUAGUCUACAUGAUACUUGACAUGCUUGGGAAAGGUGGCUCUAGUAAGGUCUACCAUGUCCAUGAUUCCAAGCCUCCAUCUAAAGCAAUCAAAGUAGUCAACCUAAAUGAUGCUAAUGAAGAGAUAGUCAAUGGUUACAAGAACGAAGUCAAGUUAUUGCUACAGUUACAGUAUUGUCCAAAAGUAAUCAAAAUCUAUGAUUAUGAGUAUAGACCAGAAGAAAACAAAUUAUAUAUAGUAAUGGAGUAUGGCAACUGUGACUUUGCUCAGUUUCUGAAAGAUAAAAUAAAAGAAGAUUGUAAGCUGUCAGACCAUUUGAUCAAGUAUUACUGGGAGUCUAUGUUGAUGGCUGUCCAUGCUUUACAUAAAGAAGGAAUCAUUCAUUCAGACUUAAAGCCAUCAAAUUUCAUCAUAAUAGGAGGUGCCUUAAAACUGAUAGACUUUGGUAUAGCUAAAUCUGUGCAACCAGAUAAAACCAGUGUUCUGACUGAAAUGCAGGUUGGAACAUUAAACUACAUGAGCCCAGAGUCUAUAGCAGAUUAUGGUUUAGAUGAGAAACCUAUGUAUAAGAUUGGUGUGAAGAGUGAUGUUUGGUCCCUUGGAUGUAUUUUAUACAAUAUGGUUUAUGGUUUUACUCCAUUCCAAAGAAUCAACAAACAGUUUGCCAAACUUCAGGCAAUUACUAAUUCCAGUUAUGUCAUUCAUUUCCCUGAAAUUGAGGACAAACGUCUAUUAGAUGUAAUGAAGAAAUGUUUAAUUAGAGAUCCAAAAGUUCGACCAAGCAUUGAAGAUUUACUUCAGCAUCCAUAUUUGAAAAGGGAGAAAAAAGAAGAAGCAUCAGUAGUAGACAAACGAAUAGAGAGACUUGUAGAAAGAUUAGCAGAUAAAGUAUCAUCACCUAAUACUCUACGAAGUCUACUAAGGAGUGAAAUAUUAAAGGGAAUUUCAGACAGAGAAUGUCCAGAAAACAAAGAAAAUGUUCAUUAAUUAUUUCAACUGAAUUCUGGCAGUGAUAGUUGAGGAAGAGAUGUUAUGGACAAUAGUUGUCAAAGCUUUUAAUGAUAAAUACAAAAACUAUAUUUAGCAGCUGUGAUGGAAAUAAAUAAUGAUGUUGAAAUUCAUUUCUAUCAAAAAUUUGAAUCUGUGUGAGGAAAAAUAUGUAAAUCAAUAUGUUUUGAUAUUGUUUCUUACUUUAAAAGGUUGUUUGAAAUUUUAUAUAACAAGUGUAAUAUAUGUGUAAAUCCGAUUGGUUUAUAUUUAUAGCUGAUUCAAGGUAGAUUGCAAGAUGCAGACAAAUUUGUCAUUUUGAUUUUAUCACUGGUCACAAGGUAAAGCUAGAUUUGUUAAUUCUUUAAAUCAGUUGAAAGAAUCAAUAGUCUAUUAUUUUAUUGGGGGGGGGGGGGGGGGGGGGUAUUCUUUUUCAAUCAAAGAGCGUAAUCUUUGUAAAAGGAGAAUUGUGGUUUAUAUCAAUGAUACAGCAAUUCAACAACAUCAUAAAACCAACAAAAGACAUCAAGUAUUUUAACAGGAAACACACAAUUUUUUGUAUGAUGUAUACUUUUCUCAUACACCUAGAAUCGUUCACUCUCGUUGUAUCCCUUGUCAAACACACACAGUUGCUAUGUUUGCAAUAAUUUAUUCUACUAUCCCUGUUUUAAGAUGUUUUUCACUGGGUAAACUUUCCUUAUUUUAAGAUGUUUUACACUGGAUAUACUUCCCUAUUUUAAGAUGCUUUACACUGGGUAAACUUUCCCUAUGUUGAGAUGCUUUACACUGGGUAAACUUUGGUGUAUUUACUGUCUUCUGACUGGUUAAAAGUAUUACCUUUAUUUUCAAUGUUGUCAAUUUUUAUGGCGACACGCCCACUCUGACGUUGUGUAUGCAUACGCCAACAUGUGUGUACGUUGUUAUUGUUAAUAUAGAUAAUAUAAAAAGCUCUUUGAGCCUUAUUUUUGAUAGAAAUUUAUUUAUAAUGAAUGGCUAUUAUUUAUUUUGAAUUUAUUGAACCAUAAAAUUAAUUUUUGACUCUUCACGGAUUAUUCAAUGUGAAGAGUCAAAAAUUAAUUUUAUGGUUCAAUAAAUUCAGAUAAAUAAUAGCCAUUCAUUAAAUACACUUAUUACUGACCUGACUUUAAUCAGAGAAGAUGAUGUAAUUGUUGAUAUUUAAAGUUGGACCUGCAUUUCAUUUAUUUUCCAUUCAAAGUAGAUUUUUUUCUGUCACAGUUUAAAUGGUGUCAUUAGGUUUGAUAAGAUAAGUAGAAGAAAUAGUGGUACUUUGAAAUCACCAAGUUCCCAUCUUUUUAAGACUGGGAUACCAUUUAAGAGUUUUUAUAUGUGUACUUUACAGUUUGGCUUUUGCUCAUUGUUGAAGGCGGUAUGGUGAUCUAUAAUUACUUACAUCCACAUCAUUUGGACUCUAGUAGAUAGUUGUGUCAUUGGCUGUCAUACCAGAACUUUUUAUCUUAAUAUUUAAUGGUGAAUGACCAAAUUAGAAGUUUAGGUAUUUUAUAACUGACCUGUUCCAUUAGCAGUAAAGCAAUAUGAUACUUACAUUUGCAUGAUUAAUCUGUUUCCAAAUACUACAUACACAGACAAAAAUAAACAAGACAGUCAUUUAUAAAUACUGAAGUACAAAAUAGGUAAAAUUAUGGUUUUAGGGAUAGUGAUUUAAUACACAUUUUUUGUGCUGGAUUAUUUCAGUCACUUAAGUUACUAUUCAUACAAUAUGAAAGAUACAUAUGUUAUAUUUUCAUUUGAAGUUUCAUAUUUUCACAGUUUAAAAUGCUCUUAAAAAACCUUUUAAUGUCUUUUCAUGAUGUAUUCAAAUAAUUUUUAUUAGGCAGUUAAGCUGCCUUAUGCGAGCACCCUAGAUUUGUGUUCUACCCAAUAAAUGCUGAAAUACCUGCCAUUGUUAUUAUCUAGCUGGCUAUUAUGUUAUUUAUAACUAAUUGGACAUUUUUUUAAUACUUUUAUUUCUGGAAUACAAAAAAUAUGACCAGAAAAACCUUAAAUGAUCGUCGAACUACCCAAAAUUUUCGAAGUUGCACAUAGGAAGUAGUGUUCAAUAGAAAUCCGUACGUUGUUUAUUAUCCCCUGUGCUUUUGGCUACGAUGUCAAAGAACAAUUGUAUGAAAUAUUUCUUCGCCGAAAAUCGGUAAUUACAAGUCGUUUAUAUUUCCCAAGUGGCAAAAUGCGCAGGAAUAUUGUUCAUGUACAACAAAUCUCUAUGAUAGAGGAAAUAAAGUUAUAUAAGUGGGUGGUAAUUUUUAACUUAUCUUGCCAAAUAAGCGCGAAUUAAGGUUGUUGUUAUUUUAUGAAUGAAACGAGGUCAUGAAACAGAUGCGGAAAUCGACGUUGAUGAGAUGUUUUAAGUAAAGUGGACAACUCGUCCCCGAGACAAGUCGGACCGAAUCCACUCAAACCAUCUAAGAAGACAACUUUGACCGUUUGUCAGAUUUACUUAGGGUUUCAUAAAAUAUUAGACUAACAUGUCUAGCGGAGCCAUUAAUCUUUUGUUUGUGCAUUGGGGUCUAUUAAGGGGUAUUUGGAGGGGCCUGAAGAAGGGAGGGGUUUACUAUAGAACCCUUUGGGAUUUUAUUUUUUUAAAUUUUCAAAUGACCAUUUCUCGAAAACAGUAAGUGAUAGACACAUGCAGUCUUCAGUAAUGAGAACAGGACAAAAAAAAAUCAACCAAAAUAUAGGGUGAGUCCCUGGGGGUCAUCCGAACCCCCUUCAAUUUGAAAAUGUACUUUUAUCUUGUAAACCGUCGCAAUCCCCAACCCUAAACAAUAUAUAUACUUGUAUGGGACAAUAAAAGAAAUCAAAUGAAAAUAAUUUGGGGGAGUCCCCGGUGUCGUCCCAAACGCUCCUGUUUGAGAACUUGGAAAUGGUCGAGAUCCCCACCCCUAAACCAUAUAUAUUCAUGUAUGGGACAAUAAAACAAAUCAAAUGAAAUAUAGGGGAGUCCCUGGGGUCACCCCACCCCCUCCUGUUUGAGAACUUGUAAACAGUCGAUAUCCCCACCCCUAAACCAUAUAUAUUCAUGUAUGGGACAAUAUAACAAAUCAAAUGAUAUAUAUAGGGAGUCCCUGGGGAAACUCCACCCCUUCCUGUUUGAGAACUUGUAAACAGUCAAGAUCCCCACCCCUAAACCAUAUAUAUUCAUGUAGGGGACAAUAUAACAAAUCAAAUGAAAUAUAUGGGGAGUUCCUCGGGCCAACCCACCCCUCCUGUUUGAGAACUUGGAAAUGGUCGAGAUCCCCACCCCUAAACCAUAUAUAUUCAUGUAUGGGACAAUAAAACAAAUCAAAUGAAAUAUAGGGGGAGUCCAUGGGGACACCUCACCCCCUCUUGUUUGAGAACUUGUAAACAGUCAAGAUCCCCACCCCUAAACCAUAUGUAUUCAUGUAUGGGACAAUAUAACAAAUCAAAUGAAAUAUUUGGGGAGUCCCUUGGGUCACCCCACCCCCUCCUGUUUGAGAACUUGUAAACGGUCGAGAUACCCACACCUAAACCAUAUUUAUUCCUGUUCAUCAUUUCAAAAAGAUUUGAAUGACAUACAGGGUCAAUCUCCUAGGUGUCACAUAUGCAUAUCACUUUACUAGACCAAACCAAUAUGAACUGGACUUUGCCCAAUGUCAGGAGACCAUGGGAAUGACGAAUUAUGGGGGCUUUGUUUGGGAGACUUCGUAACCGCAUCCUGCUACAAUUAUUUCUUGUUUAUUAUAAAAUUUUAUUGAUGCAAAAAAUGAGUCUAGGUUAAUUGAAUUUACUUUAAUUAUUUAUUAAAUUAUUUCUGGGCCUAUAAUAAUUUUCAUAUAUGGCUCAUUUUAAAGAAAACAUAUAAAUCUUUCAAGCAGUGUAAAGCCCGAGAAUGUUUGACGAACUGUUUUAUAAUCACCUGUCAUUUUAUUCCAAACUUGGUAUGGAGUAACAUCAUGCACUUGGGGGUGAAGAUAGGGGUCAUUUACAUUGAUAUAGGAGUUGCUUUUGAAAACCUUGAUGAAAUAUUAAUUAAUUUGCCUUAAUAAUCAAUUCAUUUAAUGAACAUAAAUGUACAAUAUACGAAUGUUUAAUGUUUGUUCUUUCAAAUCUUAAAAAAAAAUUGAAGCAACACUGCCACAGUUUUCAUAAUUACGUUUGCCUUUUGUUUUUGGUUAACUGCCUACAGCGCUUACAGUGCUUUGAUUCUGUUAUAUUUUGUACACUGUGUUUGUAAUGAUUUUAGACUGUCUGCAGUUCUGUCUGAAGACUUGCUUAAUUUCUUAUUAUGUUAAUAUGUCUGUAUUUCUGCUGUGAGACUUGCUUACUUCUUUUAAACAUUAUUAUGUUAAUUUAUCUGUAAUUCUGCUUUAAGAUUUGCUUACUUCUCUCAAACAUUUAUUUGUUAUUGUAUAGAAAUAAAUAUACAUCAUUGUG